CAGGGUUGAUGUUUCUGCGUGUUUUUGAAACGCACGCAACGCACACCACGCACGCAUGCGUCUCCCCUCAGUGCCAGUGCAACAAAAGCUCUCAAGCAAGCUGUGAUGUGGGUGUUCGUACGCUUCUGCGCUUCUGCGCUUCUGCACGGUUGAUUGCUCCCACUUCCCUCCGGCACGUGAAGGCAUGAUUGUCACAUCACAUCAUCUUUCAGAUUUGUAAUUGGUCACUCCAAGACUCCAUUUCCUCCUCAUGUCACUGGUAGACUGGUACACGUGCCUCUUCUUGUUUCUUGACACGCACAGCACGCACGCGCGCGAGAAACACGUUAGGCCCCUGCACGCCUCCGCAUCUUAGUCUGAUGCGCUCUUGUGGGAUGGGACACGUUUCUGCGUUUGGGCACGAGACCACGCAGCUCACUGUCUUGCCCCCGCGCAACAACAUCAAGACACGGAACAUCACCCAUGACUGCACCAGAGUUCGUGCUGCUGCUGCUGCUGCUGAGGUCUGAGGGCUGUUUGAGCCCCGGCUUUGUUCUGCUCUGCUCUCUGAUGAGCUGUUUCUGUGUUUGCACGUGGGCAUGCAGCAGCACACGCAGCACGUGCCCUUGCCUCAAGGCUACAAGCACGAGUUGGAGCUCAUGUGAUCCCCCUCAGAAGACAAGAACAUCAAGCAGGACGCAGAACGUACCAGAUCCCCAAGCCCCAAGAAGAGCAAACAAGCAUUCGCCCCUCCAGACUUCAUGUUCUUCGUACACCACGUCUCUUCACUUCACAACGAUCCUGGCGUACACACCUCAAACUCCCUCCAUCCCUCCCUCAGCACACAAGUCCUCACACCACAUGCUGAUGAAUGCAGCAGCAGCAGCAGCAGCAGAGGUAACAGCAGCAGUGGCCCCGACAAAUUGGCACGUACCCCCCUUGCCAGCGAAGGCGUUGUCACAUCUCUUCUCCACGUUUCAGCGUUCCCUGGGAAACAGGCUGACCGAACCUGCAAGUCACGGCCCUGCAGAGACGGCACAUCCCCUUCUUCUCUUCAGUUUCUGGUUGGGUUGCAUACCACUGGCACACUCUACCCUUUACCAGUGAGACACAAGCACCUGUCUUUGGAGGUGAUGGAACAAUCACAACGAUGACUGGUUCCCACGUGCAUCAGCACCAGCUAGCUGAUGCAUCAGACAGCGGCACCAACCAACCGCGCACAGGCACGCGUUCUCGUGAUCUCGUGGUGCGUGCCUGCGCGCGUGACGGCGGCGCAGAGGCAUGGUAGGGCACGGGCUGUGAAGGAGUGUGGCCGCAAGCACAGCAACCCAGCGCGUGAGAGUGAGACAUGACCAGACUGACGGGAGCUGGUGUGUUGGUGCGUUGGUGCGAGUGUUUGGUUCAUUUUCCUGAGUGCCGACCACUUCCAAGGCUGACAAGACAGGCAACACAGACCAAGACAGGCAACACAGACCGCCCCACGCAGUUGGUCCAACUGAAGCUCGUGAGGAGACCAGCGAACCACCGAAGAAGCACCUACACGGGAACGACAGGAAUCAGAACACCAACAUCACCAACCAACCAACCAACCAACCA